CAACUUUAUAAAGACGCGCAUGUGCAGACUAUGAAAACACCGAUACGGGACCGAUGGUUGUUUGAGGUUAUUCAAGAAAAACAUGUCCUAUCGAGCGUGCAGUGACUUCAGUUCAGUCUCGGUGUGACAUCUCGGUGAGUGAUCAGAGGAUGGAGAACGUUGCCAUGUCAGCCUCAGAUGGGACCGCGGACUGUCCUCUGGUCUCGGAGGACAUGGAGGGGAUCUGUGUAAUGCCAGACUUGAGCGCCAUAAAGACUGAGCAGUCGGUGGGUGCAAGCCCAGAUGACACAUCGACCCAAAAUGUGGCCAUGGGCAUCAAAUUCAUCCUGCCCAACCGCUUUGACAUGAAUGUUUGCUCAAGAUUUGUCAAGUCGCUUAACGAGGAGGACAGCAAGAACAUCCAGGACCAGGUGAACUCUGACCUGGAGGUGGCUUCUGUUUUGUUCAAAGCUGAGUGCAAUAUCCAGACCUCUCCUUCACCGGGAAUACAAGUGCGCCAUGUUUACACCCCAUCCACCACCAAACAUUUCUCUCCCAUCAAACAGUCCACCACACUCACCAAUAAACACCGUGGAAAUGAGGUUUCUUCCACACCUCUUUUGGUCCAUUCUUUGUCCAUUCAUCAGCUGGCAGCCCAAGGAGAAAUGGUGUUUUUGGCCAGCAGGAUUGAACAAGAGACUGUCAUAAAUCUUCAAGAUGAAGAAGGCUUCACUCCCCUGAUGUGGGCAGCUGCUCAUGGACAAAUUGCUGUUGUUGAGUUUCUGCUCCAAAAUGGUGCUGACCCCAACCUCCUGGCCAAAGGGAGAGAAAGUGCUUUGUCCUUGGCCUGCAGUAAGGGAUACACAGAUAUUGUGAAGAUGCUCAUUGACUGUGGGGUGGAUGUCAAUGAAUAUGACUGGAACGGAGGAGCCCCGCUGCUGUACGCUGUCCAUGGCAACCAUGUGCGCUGUGUCGAAAUCUUGUUAGAGAGUGGUGCUGAUCCCACCAUAGAGUCAGAUUCUGGUUUCAAUGCAAUGGACAUGGCUGUGGCUAUGGGCCAUCGAAAUGUUCAACAGGUGAUGGAGGCACACUUACUGAAGUUAUUGAUGGGAAUCAGAGAGUGAACUGUUGCACUAGAGGAGACGUUGGAGGGAUGUUGCUGGGCGCUGGACAAUCAUGUAGCAUGCCCAAGUUGUCGGCCUACAGAAAUAUUUUGUCCUCUUAAGGGAUAUUUCAGCAGCGUUGCAUCAUAUUAUUUAUAUUAUUUUGUAUGCCUGAUUCACAUGAAGGUUUGUGCUGUGUAAAUUUUCAGUUUUUCCUCUAUCAAACUGUUAUACUCUGCACUUUUUUUGCAUUGACUGUGGAGUAGCAGAUCUAAUCAGGAUACAAUGACCGAUUUUCAAAUGUAAAACUGACGUGUUCACAGCAACCAGGCACACACUGCACUCCACCUGCAGUAUGUUGCCAAAUGUGCAGUGCAGUGUCGGCUUGAUUUUGCUUUAACUAAGCAUGAAGGUUUUGUCAGUCUUUAAAUGUUUUAUUAAUUUAAUAUCCUUUACCAAUUACUGUGUUUUUUAAACUAACCUAUCAACCUUAAUAUUGAAACAUUUUUAAAAGAUAAAGAAUUUUAAUGUAAAACUUAGAAUUGCCUCAUUUUCAUGCUGUCUGGUUUUCAUAGUGAGCAUUUUUCUGAGGCACAUUGCACAGACUUUGUGAUUUUAUGAUGUUGCCAAGCUGUUUGUUAUCUGUUUACUGGAAAUAUUUGUGUUGUUUUAUUUAUUUGAAUUUGUUUAGACCGUUACAAAGUCAGUUUAGUUCCUCUGUAUUGUGAUACAAAUGUCCAGAUGUAUUGUUGAAUUUCAAAAGACCUCACAUCACAAUUAAAUAUCUCAGAAAUA